CUUACUUCUUGUCACAGCCCACAAGGGAGCUGUGGUCUCUAGAGGAAGGCAAAGGAGGAGUAAAACUUUGCUUAGUGGUUGCUAGGAGACACAUGCACUAGCUGCAGUCAGUAGGGGACUUUUGCUACACAAAUAAUGUGACAGGAAGCGACAGCAGAACUUAAGCUCCUUUAUCUCCCUACAGCACCGCAAGACCACUGAUAUCUAUCAGCUACUGAUACCCAGAGAGCAGUUACCUCUGAGACCUGCUGCCAACAUGGAGUCGCACGUGUCAGAUAAUGUCUUGGAUACUACACAUCAACACCAGGGAACAGCAAACUUUAGAUUAAUAACAAAUGGCUCAAAUACAAGAAGAUCUAGAGCUGAAUAUCAAACUAUGGAUAUCUCCCAGCAGACAAUUCAAGAUAAGGAUCAACUGAUGGAACUUGGGCAACACACAACAUACGUAGAGAUCAAACGAGAAGAAAUGGAUCACCCAAUAUCUGACCAAAUAGUUCUCACAGAGGGUAAACCUUCUACGUUUAUUGAGAGUUCAGAAAAUGUUCUAAUAAAUGGAACCCCUCAACCCAAGCAAAUGACUGAAGAAGAGGAAAAGCCUUUUACGUGUACCGAAUGUAAAAAAACCUUUGCACGUAAAUCAUCUCUUGUACAACACCAAAAGCUUCAUACAGGAGAGGAUCUACCCACCUGCAAAGAGUGUGGGAAAGUUUUUACACAAAAUUAUAGUUUGAAAUAUCAUGAAAGGAUCCACAAAGGUGAGAAGCCUUUCACAUGCAAAGAGUGUGGGAAAGCAUUUACGCUAAAACGCACUCUCACAAUUCAUGAACGUAUUCACACCGGUGAGAAACCAUAUUGGUGCCCAGAGUGUGGGAAGCGGUUUGCACGAAAGCCAGGUCUUCUAAGUCACCAAAGAGUUCAUUAUGUGGAUCUUAGUAAAGUUGAGUUUUAUAAAAUGACCUUCAUAUGUGUAGAAUGUGGCGAUACAUUUCCCAAAAAAAAUCAACUACAGUGCCAUUUGCGGAGUCACAAAGUUGUAAAACCAUUUACUUGUGAUGUGUGUGGGAAAAGUUUUUCAAAAAAGAAUAAUUUGGAUUCUCAUAUACGAAUUCACACGGGAGAAAAGCCAUUCAGUUGUACACAGUGUGGGAAAAGCUUUACGCAAGAGAUUGGUCUUGUUUAUCAUGAGAGGAGUCACACAGGGGAAAAACCUUAUACAUGUACACAGUGUGGGAAAAGCUUUUCACAAAAGAGUAAUCUCAGUACUCACAUGAAGGGUUCACACUGAGUAAGAAAAUCAUUUACUGAUAUGGAAUUGGUUCCAUAUUAUAUCAGAGGACUUACACAGGGAUAAAAAGUUUAACAUAUACAAAGUUUGAAAAAAGCUUUACCCGAAAAGACCAAUCUUAAAUUGCAUUUGUCUAUUAAGUCUGAGAAAACCUGUACAGAAGUAUAAAGUUUAUAAUAAAUUUGUAUGAAUCUGGUUCUUCUGACCCAUCAAAGGAGUUAUACAGAGCUGAAGUCAUUUGCAUGCAAUUAAUAUGGAAAAUAAAAUAUGCUUUUACUAAAUUCUACAGGGGAGUAACAACUUAUAUAAACAUAGUAUGUAAAAUCUCUUCUGCAUUGUCAUGGGGUAUAAUAGGCAUUGCACUCACACAAGAGAGACAACAUAUAUUUACAGAAUAGGGAAGUCAUUUGACAUGUUAUUGAUCUAUUU